AUAAAUUUGAAAUAUAUAAAAGAAUAUAUGAGACUAAUAAGCUCCUGAACGCGUCGUGUACUGAAAAGCUGUGCCGUCUACGGAAAUGCGGCACAUCUGCGUUAUAUUCAUAUUGGCGGCAUUACAACUACAAAUAUAUGUGCCGCCAUAUUAUUUUAUUGACUUAUGACUUAGUCGUACUAGUUGGCAACUUGAACCAAGUGACUCCAAAUUUUCGCAUUAAAGGCACGGUUACAAAUUAUGAUGAGUUAAUCCUAAGAAAAGAACACAUAUAUUCAGAGGAGUCACCGUUUGGUAUUAAAAACCCAAAAACUGGGGAAAUCCUGACACCGAUUAUCGAAAAUGAAAUUCGUUUUAUGACAGUUAAUACCACCUUCUUCAGUAGCGAUCAUAUCAGUGUGUUUUUGGCAACGAACCGACGUGAACGCGUACCAAUGACACAAGGAACCGGUUUUUACGAGUUUCAUCUAACCGAUCCCAGCAUUGCUCAUGUGGAUUUCGACGUCAAAGAGAGGACACUUGUUAUUACACCUUUGCAUAUUGGACACACUCGUUUGGAACUGGUGGAUCGUUGUUCGACCAAUGAACCUGCCUAUUUGUCUAUUUCAGUCGUUAGUAUUGGUGAAAUACGUGUACGCGCGCCAGACCGUGUAGAGCGAACCAAAUCUAUAAAAGCUAUUAUUCAAUUAUAUGAUACUUGCGACAAUUUGAUACGCAUCAAUCCUUUUAAUAUGCAAAUGUAUGAGUUGUCCCAAGAAAUUUUUAGUGCAAACAUAUUAAGCAUCCAGCUGGGAGAUCAAAACAAUUUAGAUGUUGGCGCAAUCAGAUAUAUAAUAACAGCGAAUAAUUUGGGUGAAGCAAAAAUUGUAUUCAGUGCUGGUAGCGGUGAUGUGCUAGUAUCCAGCGAACCAAUCGACAUACAAGUAUUUCCUCCAUUAAGAUUGUAUCCACGCAACUCUACUCUGGUAGUUGGUUCAAAUAUGCAAAUAUGUUAUCAAGGCGGACCACAACCGGAUGUAAACAUCGUCUACCAUGUGCAUGACCAUAAGGUUAUAUCAAUGGACUCUGCUCUUGUAACUGCCCAUAAAUUGGGGGAAAUUGGGGAUUACUGGUAAAUGCAUUGUAAGAAAUCUCAGCAAUGAUAAAGAUGAGGUAAUAUCAGAGG